AUGGAAAAAGGGAAUGAAGUAAAUAAUGCUUCGAAUACAUCAAUAGACAUUCAAGAGAAAGUAGAGGAAAAAGUGAAUAAUGAAGAUUUAAUCAAUACAAUUAAUCAAGAGUCCAGUAAUGAUAAAGAAGUAUCUUUUCAACCAACACAACCUGAAAAAGAGCCAAAUAAUAGUAAUAAUGGAAGUCGCAUUACUGAAUUGACGCCAAGGAGCGAGGAGGAGGCUAAUAUGGACCCAUGUUCGGUGAAUGAACAAGAAACAGCCUUACAAAAAGAUCCAAAUUUGAAAGUAAUUAAAUCGAAUGAAUCAACGAAUGAAAAUAACAAUGAAAUCCAGAAUUCAACUAUAAUACCAGACCCCCCAGCAUCUCCACAACCAUCACAACCAAAGAAUAAAAAGAGAUUGACGUUACAAGAAAGAUUAGCAUUAGCAGCGAAAGGCAAAAAGAAAUCUAAUAAACAAAAUCAACAACCAAUUGAAGAAUCAACACCAUCUCCAAUCAUAUCAUCACAAAACGUAAGCACAGACGAUAUACCAAGUAUUAAAGCAACAGAAAAGGAGGAAGAAAUAAAUAAUGAUGAUUUAAACGAAGAUGUAGAACGAUAUAAACAAGAAAUUGCAAAACUAAAACAAGAGAACAAUAUACUACUACAACAAAUUGAAAAUACAAAAACUAGCUCAACAGAUAAGAAUCUCUCCAAAAUCAUCAAGAAUAAAGAUGAACAGAUUGAACAAUUAUUGAAAGAAGGUGAGGCUUUGUCACAUAAAGAAUUAAAAUUAAAUGAGUCAAUUAAGAAAUUAAAAACAAUGAAUUCGGAUUUAGAAUAUGAUUUAAAUGAAUUAAUUAAAAAAAAUGAUGAAUCAUUAAUUAGAUAUGAGGAAGUUGAAGAUUUUUUGAAAAAUAAUAAACUCAAAACCAAUCAACAAUUAUUUAAUAAAUUUAAAGAAAUUAAUGAAAAUUUAGAAUCUACAACUCAAAAAUAUGAAUCUUUAAAAAACAUAGAAAAUAAAUACAAUGAAUUAAUUAGAUUAAAUGAAGAAACUAACGAAUCAAAAAGUUCAACCACUAGAGAAUUGAGUAAUCUAAAAAUAGAGCAUGAUAUGCUAAAGAAGCAACAAGAAUUAGAAUUAUCAUCAAAAGAAGAUACAAUAAAUUCUCAAAAAAAUGAAAUUUACGAAUUAAAGCAAAAUUAUAAUGAAGAAUUAAGAAGGUUGGAAGAUAAAAUAGAAAAUUUAAGAAUUAAUAAUUCGUCAACAUUAAAAAUAAGUGACAAUAAAGAUUCAAUUGAAUUUGAUGAAUUUAAGAAAUUAUCAGAAACUCAUCAUAAUUUACAAAAACAAUAUUUGUCAUCACAAGAAAAUUUCAAAUUAAUUGAAUCUAAUUUAAAUAUGAAAAUCGAUACUUUAACUACAUCUUUAGAAUCAUUUAAGAAAUCAAAAAAUAAAUUAAGCAAUGAUUUGAUCAAGUCAAAUCAAUCUAUAACAUUACAUCAAAAGGACAUUAAAUCAUUAAAAGAUGAAAAUUCAAAACUAAAAUCUGAAAUAAAUGAUUUAAAUAUUUCAAUAAAGCUCAAAAACAAUGAUAUACAAGAAUUAAAUGAUAAGUUAGAUAAAUUUAAAUCUAUACACAAUAACGAAACAAACAAAUUGAAUACACAAAUAGAUAAUUUAAAUGAAACAAUAGAAUCAUUAAGAAAAAGACCAGACCCACUAAAACUUGAUUCAAGAAAUAGAGAUAAUUCAAUGGGAUCAGGUUUAAGUUGGAAUGAUAUAAGGUUAGGUGAAUCAUCGACUACUCCAGCAAUACAUAGAGAUUAUCCAAUGUUUGAGUCACAAUCUUCAUUCACGGAAGUUGGAGAAGAUGAAGAACAAGAUUAUAGUGAUCAAAUAUCAUAUAUGCAUAAUAAUUCAAGUCAAAUAAUAACAAGUAAUAAUAGUUUUGUUGGUAAUAAUGGGAACACUAGUAUACCAUUAACAUUACAAAAUAAUGGAAAUAAUUUACAAUUAAUAAAUAAAAUGAGUUCAAAUAUAAGAAGAUUAGAAAUUGAAUUAAAUACAAUGAAAGAUGAAUAUUCAAAAUUAAUGAAUGAUAAACAACAAAUUGAAGAAAAUCUUUUAGAAAAUUUAACAAAAUUAGAUGAAAUGAAUAGCUUACAAUCCAAAAUAAAUGAACUAGAAAUUGAGAUAUCGAAAAAAUCGGAAAAAGAACAAACAAUGUUAGAAUUAAUUGGUGAAAAAUCAGAACAAGUUGAAGAAUUAAAAAAUGAUGUUUUAGAUUUAAAAGAAUUAUUAAAAACUCAAGUUCAACAAAUGAUUGAAUUACAAGGUCUAUAA